UAUCGCUGAUCGUGAUGUCAGUGCAGGGAGGGCUUAGGCAGCGAGAUAAGGCCAGCUAAUGGAGAUAAAAGCAAUCUGUAUUUAAAGGUCUUUUUUAGUUAAGGCAGGUAUCUGGCACCGAGCGCACCACAGCUCCUCACACAAGAAGAAGAAGAAGGCCCGAAGAAGGCCCGAAGUCUAGAGCAAGCUGCUUCCAGAGGGGUUCUGCUGGCGUCCGGUCGAGAGCGGACGGGCUUUACUGGUUUUGUUUGUUUGCUGUUUGUGCAGAGGCCUCAUCCGUCCGGCUGAGGAGGUCCAGAGAGAUCUCGCUGACCUGGCGCUGGACCAGAGGCUGUCGACUGUAUUACUGACCGAUAAGUGACCAGAGAGCAGCUGCACCAGAGGUCAGGCUGUGAUGACUCCGCGGGAGCAGCUGAGGAAGAUGACGGCUCUGGGGGAGCAGAGCGCUCUGGAUGAGAAACACUGGUACCGGCUGGUGAACGGCAUGUCGGCUGGAGAGCUGAGGCAGAGGCAGGAGCUGAUGAUGAGGAACCAGAUGGCGAUGACCCCUCAGAUCCUGGCUCAGGGGCAGCAGAGGCUGCAGGCCGUUCCCGCUCAGUUUGAGCCGCGGUUCAUGGACAGAGAGCUGGUGCCUCCUGCUGAGAUGGUUUCGUCUGAAGCUCGGCAGAUGCAUAUGGGAGCCCAUCUGGGGCCACAGCUGCCCUCACACUCUAAUGUCAUUCCAGGCAGAGGAUAUCCUGGAGCAGCAGGAGGUUACGGGUUUCUUCCCACUGAAUCCAUGGAAACUGUUGCUAGACGACAAGAACUUAUUCACAAACAGAACAUCGCCAGGAUGGAGAUGAACGCGAUCCUCCACCAGAAGGAGCUGGAGAACGCCCACCAGAAAGGCCUGAUCGGAAUGGAGAACUCCAUGGUGUACCAGGGCCUGCCGCCCAACCCCAUGGCCUUUAGGGGGCGCCAGCGGCUCCCAGACGGCCAUGACGUGUUUGUGCAUCGCCCCACGCUAGAAGACCUGCAGGCCAACAGCCUGCUCAUGUCCAGCAGCCCAUAUCCACCAAUAGGCACGCUGCAGAGGGAGAGGGGGCGGAGAGCUGGCCGGAGAACCACCAAUCACAAGGGGGCAGAGGUCAACACGGCCUGUCCCAAAAGCCAGUCGGAGGAGAAGAGCGUAGAGCAGAGUCCAGGAGGAGCUUCGGGAGAAGAGAAGGAGCCAGACGUCAAAGGUGAACUGACCGGUGAAGCCACCGCUAGCCAGAGCAAAGCCCACCAGACUAAGCUGGACCCCGAUCUGUCCGCCAGCUCAGCCAGGAAGAGCUACAAAGACGGAGAGCAGGGUCUCCGGAAGCCGUGCAUCAGUGGGCCGGAGGUGUGCGCCGAAGGCCCGAACUGUAACUCCAGCAGCGGCGAGAAGGACAUUUCCAACCCCUGCUCAGCUUUCCAGGAGAAGUUCCUGUACCCAUCUGUCGCCGGGCCGCUCUCAGGCUUCCCGUACAUGUUCCCGUUGCCAGGCAACGGACUCCUGCCUCCUGGACCUCCGAACCUGUUCCUGAACGGUGAGGAGAUGUCGUCGCUGGAAGAUCUCCGCAAGUGGACGGUGGACGACGUCUACAACUUCAUCAACGACAUACCGAGCUGCUCUGAAUACGCUCAGACGUUUAAGGACCACAUGAUCGAUGGAGAGACGUUACCGCUGCUGACUGAAGACCACCUGCUGGACACUCUCGGACUCAAACUCGGCCCAGCGCUCAAGAUACGAUCUCAGGUCUCUCGCAGGCUGGGUAAUAUGCUGUGCAUGCUGAACCUGCCGCUGGCGCCUCCCUUACAGCCCCAACCCGAGAAGGCUGUGGAUCGAUCCUCAGAUAUCAGCUCUCCGCUCAACUGCCACAGUGUGGAGCUGCUGGGGAGCCCUCGAGACCCCGAGGGUCUCAAACCCACCGAGCCUGGGGCCGAUGCCGGGGGUCAGUCACCAACAGCCAUGAGCGAGUCCGCCUGAGGGGGGCGCUGGAGCUCAUCCUGCUUUCAUUAGAGUUAAAGUUGCAAAAUGGAAAAAUUUGGGCGUACCUCGUUCUGAGGGUCCGCCGCAGAUUCUCUCACUGACUUUAAAAGGCCCAUGUCCUGCAUUUACAUCCAUCUCCUCGCCUGAAGGCCAUCUGUGACAUUUGUGUGGAUUUAUGUACCAAAAAGAGUAGGAAUUCAAAAAAUGUGAGAUACUGGCUCUUUAAUUUCAACCCAAAGUCUCUUUGAUUUCAGCCCAAAGUCUCUUUGAUUUCAGCCCAAAGUCUCUUUAAUUUCAGCCCAAACUCUCUUUGAUUUCAGCCCAAACUCUCUUUGAUUUCAGCCCAAACUCUCUUUGAUUUCAGCCCAAAGUCUCUUUGAUUUCAGCCCAAAGUCUCUUUGAUUUCAGCCCAAACUCUCUUUGAUUUCAGCCCAAAGUCUCUUUAAUUUCAGCCCAAAGUCUCUUUGAUUUCAGCCCAAAGUCUCUUUGAUUUCAGCCCAAACUCUCUUUGAUUUCAGCCCAAAGUCUCUUUGAUUUCAGCCCAAACUCUCUUUGAUUUCAGCCCAAAGUCUCUUUAAUUUCAACCCAAAGUCUCUUUGAUUUCAGCCCAAAGUCUCUUUAAUUUCAACCCAAAGUCUCUUUGAUUUCAACCCAAAGUCUCUUUGAUUUCAGCCCAAAGUCUCUUUAAUUUCAACCCAAAGUCUCUUUGAUUUCAGCCCAAAGUCUCUUUGAUUUCAGCCCAAAGUCUCUUUAAUUUUAGCCCAAAGUCUCUUUAAUUUCAACCCAAAGUCUCUUUAAUUUCAGCCCAAAGUCUCUUUGAUUUCAGCCCAAAGUCUCUUUAAUUUUAGCCCAAAGUCUCUUUGAUUUCAGCCCAAAGUCUCUUUAAUUUUAGCCCAAAGUCUCUUUAAUUUCAACCCAAAGUCUCUUUGAUUUCAGCCCAAAGUCUCUUUAAUUUUAGCCCAAAGUCUCUUGGGUUGGGAUAGUGUAGUCGUUAACCCCUCUGCCUUCUACACUGUAAACAGGGGUUCAGUCCCCACCUGGGCAGCACCCUACACCUUGGGCAAGACUCCUAACACCACCUUGGCCUACUUGUGUAAAAUGAUCAAAUUGUAACUCGCUCUGGAGAACAGCGUCUGCCAAAUACCAUAAAUGUAAAUAAAUUUCAGCCCAAUGUCUCUUGGAUUUCAGCCCAAACUCUAAUCUUAACUCAAACCUAAUCCUGAUUCUGGUACCGAGUGUCACUGUGCUGUUUAUCACCAGUGUAAGGAUCUGUAGUUGGGCCAUCAGAAAAAAUGUUCAUAUUCCUCCAAUUAUUGCAGAACUAAUGAUGUAGGUCCAUUUUAACAGCAUGCUGGAUGACAGUCCAUGCAGAAAGCUUAAUAUAAUUAGGAAAAGGUUCUAGAUUUGCUUCCGCACUCUUAAAAAGAUGGUUCUUCAAGGUUUCUUUGGUAAAGUGGUUAUCUGUAGAACCAGGAAUGCUCAAAGAGCUGUUUGCAUGAUUAAAUGGUUCCCCAGAGUGAUGGAGAAUGUGUUGUAUAGCACCAAAAAGGGUUCUGCUACUGUUACAGUGUCAGGCUUGUAACCCUGUUUGGUGGCAUGUAGAACCAUUUAAUCAUACAGAUGGUUCUUCAAGGGUGCUUUAGUAAAUGGAACGGUUCUAUUUAGAACUACGAGCAUUUGCAUGCUUAAAUGGUUCUCUGCUUGGUGAAAUUGUUCUUUAGAUUGGUGUAGAAUAUGUUUGUAGUUCUAGACAGCACAUAGUAAAAAUAGCAGAACUCUUUUUGGUGCUGUAUAGAUCCAUAUAUAACACAUUCUCCAUCAGUCUGAAGA